AUGCGUUUCUUCAUUUUAUUCGCCUGCUUUGUUGCUGCAAUUCUUGCCCAGGGGCUUCCAUGCGGUUUCUCAUGCACCAGAAGAGCAGUGAUCAACACUAUUAUUGAUGGUGUUCGUGGAACUGCCUCUUGUUCGGACAACACAACACCAGCAAGAUGCGAAAAUUGCUGUAAGGGACGUGCGCUACAAGCCAACCUCGAAUCGAAUUUCGCCGCUGGGUUUGUUUCAAACGACGGUCGCACUUGCGUUUGCUGCUUCAACAACCAAUGCUUUAAUACAUUCUCAAGCGGAAGAAAAUAA